CAGCCUCUGCACUUCUGCGCAAAAGCUGCACUGAGGGAGAAGAAGAGCCGAACACUCCAGCUUCGCUUUACACACUUUUAACUGACGCUUAAAGAUGUCCACCAAGGAAAAGCUGAUUGGUCAUGUGAUGAAGGAGGAGCAUGUCGGGAGCAGGAACAAGGUGACGGUGGUGGGCGUUGGCAUGGUGGGCAUGGCCUCCGCCAUCAGCAUUCUCCUCCAGGACUUGUGUGACGAGCUGGCUCUGGUCGACGUGAUGGAAGACAAACUGAAGGGUGAGGCCAUGGACUUGCAACACGGAUCCCUCUUCCUCAAGACACACAAGAUUGUGGCUGACAAAGACUACAGUGUGACGGCCAACUCCAAGGUGGUGGUUGUGACUGCUGGUGCUCGUCAGCAGGAGGGCGAGAGCCGCCUCAACCUGGUGCAGCGCAACGUCAACAUCUUUAAGUUCAUCAUCCCCAACAUCGUCAAGUACAGCCCCAACUGCAUCCUGAUGGUGGUCUCCAACCCAGUGGACAUCCUGACCUACGUGGCAUGGAAGCUGAGCGGCCUCCCCCGUCACCGGGUCAUUGGCUCCGGCACCAACCUGGACUCUGCCCGUUUCCGCCACCUCAUGGGAGAGAGGCUCAGCAUCCACCCUUCAAGCUGCCACGGCUGGAUUGUCGGGGAGCACGGAGACUCCAGUGUGCCUGUGUGGAGCGGCGUGAAUGUUGCUGGAGUUUCUCUGCAGAGCCUCAACCCACAAAUCGGGGCCGAGGGCGACAGUGAGAACUGGAAAUCGGUACAUAAGAGCGUUGUUGACGGAGCCUAUGAGGUCAUCAAGCUGAAGGGCUACACUUCCUGGGCCAUUGGCAUGUCCGUGGCCAAUCUGGUGGAAAGCAUCGUGAAGAACAUGCGCAAAGUGCACCCCGUGUCUACACUUGUCAAGGGCAUGUAUGGCGUGAAGGACGAGGUCUUCCUUAGCAUCCCAUGCGUGCUGGGCAACAGCGGCCUGACGGAUGUCAUUAACAUGACACUGAAGCCCGAGGAGCAGAAGCAGCUGGUGAAGAGCGCCGAGACCCUGUGGGACGUACAGAAGGACCUCACCAUGUAAAGAUGCAUCCACGCUGAAACCACACCAAGCACUGUAUGGUUACCGCCUCCCCCCCAGCCUGCUGUACCUCCUGUGUGUGCGUGUGUCCCCCCAACUGCAAUGGACAAAUUAGACCGACAAGUAUCUUAAAAAGGCUGAGAGUCCGUACCCGAGAUCAACGGAAGCUAGAUUUUUAGUUUCAGAUGUUGACACAAGGGUUAUCAUUUUCCAUUGUUGCCUCCCACUUGCUUUCCUCACUCUUAUUACUCAAUAACCAUAAUAUAUCUCACACCUUUCAGCAUCUGGACUCAGCCUUUCAUAGAGAGAGUAUCUACUGUGUUGUCCGUCUCUACAUCAAAUUGUAAGGCCUUUGUGCAUUGAAUGUGUUAUACUGUGUAUUCUAUGUACUGUAUGUAAUUCUGUACUGUUGCUGUUACUUCUGUGCACUCCUUGUUCUAGUCGGUAUGUAUGCCAUGAUUGUUACCAGUUGGUUUUACUUCCACACGGUUAUCUCUGCUUAUUAUUUUUUUAUUAUUAUUUGGAGUAAAAUAGAGACAUUCCAUUCUCUAUGAGGAAAAAAAAAUCCACGUCAAGUCGUGGCAGCAUUGCUGUUUAUCACUGGGCCAAACUCCUGUGAUACCAAAGUAUCUCGAGAAACGCAAUGAAACUGGUUGGCACUGAAGCCUUUUUUUUUUUUAACACAACCAAACCACAAGUGCACUAAUGGGGGGAAAAAAAGAAACUUAUAUUGAAGGGAAGAAAGGGAAAGCUGAUGACAAGAGAUUUUAAGCUGGUGCUAAGAUAGUGACUUGCCAUGGUUAAAUCCAGCAUAGAGAUAACAGAGAGCCAACGGAACGAGUCAACUAGGAAAAUAAACUUGAUGUUGGGUUAUUAAUUUUAAUUUAUACGGAGGGUAACAAUCUUGACUUUUGUUUUGUUUUUUUGGCACACAAAAUAAAUUCCCUGAAAAAGACUUAUAUUUAUUCAAGAUAUUUUAAGAUAUAAAAACAGUAACAGAAAUGAAUGAGGAUAUUUAUAACCAUUACUGCUGUUGAGAACUAUUCAUGUGUUAAUGUUACAACAUUAGAUAUGGUUGAUGAAUCAGUUAUGGACUCACUGUCAUGGCAGCUAGAUGUGACAAAAAUGAAUUUGUCGUUAACAUCGAAUAAAUCUGCCAGGAUGAUGAUGAUA